CCAGGUGGUGGUCAAGGAGGAAAGCGAUCCGGAGCUCGAUCCCGAUCCGCAGCCCGCUGAGGACGAGUACUCCUGGACCCAGGCCUCCGUCACCGACGGCAGCGAUCCGGAGCCACCGGGCGAGCCUGCCUAUUCAUCGUCCUCUUCUCAAGCCGCUGCAGGGAGCGCGAUCUGUGCGGAGCCCUCGAUCCUGCACCGUCAGGUGGCUGGUGGCGUGAUCAAGGAAGAGAAGAGCCCCCUGCGGGAAGAGGCCGACCCCCGCGGAGGAGGAAGGGGAGCAGAUAGGGCUUACCUCUACCCUGCUCUGGAAAACUCUCGAGGGGAGAUCCCUGGCAGGUCUAGGAUGAUGGAGGAGCCUUUCCUUCAGCAGGAGACUCCUGGACAUCUGGAUGCUCCCUGGGGAACUGGGGUAAAGAGGAGAGCUUUUUCCAGGCCACGGAAUCUGCUGAGCAUGCGUGAGAAGUUGGCCCAGCUCCGGAAGAGGAGGAAGAGACCCUGGGACGACAAAUUUGAUGAGUUGGUGCGGGAUAUCCGGACACAUUUCAGAGAGAGAGAAAAGCUAUUUCAAGGACUAUGGGAAGAAGAGAAAGCCCAACGGGAGAAGGAUCGGCAGCUUUGGGUAGCUGAGAUGGCUUGGAUUCGGCAAAUGUGGACCAAGAGCCAGAAGGAGAAGGAAGCAGAGGAAGAAGACAAGGGGACGAAUGGGCCUGGGCACAUAAAGGAAGAGAAUCAAAAUAGAGAAGCCUGCAAAGACUCUGAAGAGGGAUCUUGUAAAGAGGGGAAAGUUCAGGAGCCCCUGCUGUUAAAGUCCUGGCUGGAAUCUCAUGGUCGCAAAUUGGGGCACUUUAUAAAUGGCAAGUGGCUGAAACCAGAUAGGCGAGAGACAUACACAAUCAAGCAUCCCACCACAGGGGAACCACUGGCCACCACAAUCCAAGGCAAGAAAGAAGAUGUGGAUAAAGCUGUUCAGGCUGCUAAAAUAGCCUGUGAAAGUUGGAGCCUACUCCCUGGCCAUAUUCGAGCCCGACACCUUUACAAUAUUGCCAAGACCAUCCAGAAACAUCAGCGGCUGCUCAGCGUUCUGGAGAGUCUCGACAGUGGAAACUUGAUCCGGGAAAGCCAAGAAGCGGAUCUCCCUUUGGUUGUACGCCAUUUCUACCACUACGCAGGAUGGGCCCAGCUGAUGGAGGAACAGAUGAGCAACUGGCAACCACUUGGUGUCGUUGCUAUUCUUAUUCCUCGAAGUUUUCCUUUGCUGACGCUGACAUGGAAGUUGUGUUCAGCCCUGGCGAUGGGAAACACGACAAUUUUGAAGCCAGCCAGGUCCGCCGGUUUGGCUGCUCUGUUCUUGGCCGAGGUCUGUACCCAAGCUGGGCUCCCCCCGGGGGUCUUCAAUGUCCUCAUUGGCGAUCAGGGGCUGGGAGAAGCCUUGGCACACGACCCAGGCAUCGACAAAGUGGCCUUUGCUGGAACGGCCAAGGUGGGCCGUUGUCUGCGUCAAGCCACAGCUGGCAGUGGCAAGAAGCUUUGUCUCCAACUUGGGGAGAAGUUGCCCUUCAUUGUCUUUGACUCAGCUGACUUGGAUAGUGCUGCUGACGCAGUGGUGGACGCCAUCUGGCUGAAUCGAGGACAGGUCCACAGUGCUGGGGCUCAACUGUUCCUUCAGGAAUCCAUUGCCAAAGACUUUAUUCAACGCCUGAAACACCGAAUGGGGCAGCUCCACUUAGGAGACUCUCUGGACAAAAUCACAGAUGUGGGACCAUUGACCAGCGAGAAGCAGCGAAAUGUCAUUGACAGCCUGGUGGAAGAAGCUCGGGCUGAAGGGGCUGAGGUCUUCCAAGCUUGGGCAUCCCUCCCAUCAAAUAAAUUGUUUUACCCUCCAACCUUAAUCACUGGCGUGUAUCAUACCUCCCGUUGCGUCCAGGAAGAGAUCUUUGGACCUGUUCUGGUAUCCCUGACUUUCCGGACGACCAAGGAGGCGGUGACUUUGGGGAACAGCACACCUCACGGACUGGCUGCUAGUGUGUGGACAGAAAUUCUUUCCUUGGCCCUCGAAGUUGCCCACAGUUUGCAGGUUGGAACAGUCUGGAUAAACAGCCAUAAUAUGUUAGAUGCGGCAGCUGCCUUUGGAGGGUAUAAGGAAAGUGGCCAUGGACGGAACGGAGGCAAAGAGGCACUUUAUGAAUACGUGAAACCAAUGUGGGAAAUCCAACCACACAUCGGUGGUAUGGAUCUGAAUUACAAAAUCUUUGCUACUUCACCAAAGAGUUCUCUCCCACUGAUUUCUGGGGAUAAAGUUCCCUGCUUUAUAGUUUCUGAGCUGAAAGAAGAUAUUCCAAGCAUGGACCAAACCUACAAGUUGUACUAUGGCGGUGCUCGGAAGAGACCAGAUUCCUUGAGUUCCCGAACCGUCCUUGACCACGCAGGCAAAGCAGCGGCCCUCGUGGCAGACGGGAACGUGAAGGACAUCCAUAACGCAGUGGAGGCCGCUAACAAAGCAGCUCCCGGGUGGGCGAAGAAAACGACACACGCCCGGGCCCAGAUCUUGUACUACCUGGCUGAAAAUCUGGAACUCAGUCGAGCUGGGAUUGCAUCACAGCUGGAAUCAUUAAUGGGUAUAGAAAAAGAGAAAGCUUUGAUGGAGGUGGAUAUUAGUGUACGUCGGCUAUUUUAUUGGGCAGCUUAUUCGGACAAAUAUGGUGGAGUUGUGCAGGAAACCACUCUGUAUGGUGCCUGUAUUCACUUUCGAGAACCACUUGGUGUCGUGGGAAUUGCCUGUCCAGAUGAGCACCCGCUCCUCAGUUUUGUCAGCUUGUUUGCCCCAGCAAUUACUCGUGGCAACUGCGUUGUGAUUAUUCCCAGUGAGCGAUAUCCUUUGCCCGCCUUGGAUUUUAUUCAG